GCCUUCCCAUGGCUGUCGAUUGUCACGUGAUAGGGAGCCCAUGAACAUGAACUUUUUUAAUAUAUACUUUCCAAUAGAGGAAUAGGACAGCCUUUCAUUUAACGGUCUCGAGCGUCCGCGCUGCUGUUUCCUUCAGCGAGCCUCUACAUUUUUAUUCAUCUUCUCUCUUUUUUGAGGAGUUUUUUUUUCUGGGUGAGUCAGAGGCUCCACGCACAGGAGCUUGCCUUGGGACAUGUAUGGAUCCUUUGGGUGCCUUGCUGUCGCUCUCCGAACACGUUCUGGCAGGAUGAGGGGAAGGAGCCCCGGUGCGUCAUUGACCCCGCGGGAGCCCCGGCUUCCGUCCGGGGACGCAGUUGGAUACUUCCCUCCGUUACUGGUCGUCUACACCUGCCAACCCCGUCCACUAAGCUCCCCUGUUUGCAGGCAGAGACCCCCACAAGAGGCCUUGUUGACGUGGACAGUGAGGACGAGCUUUGUAAAGAGGAGCUGAUACAGUGAGCCGCCUCGGACAUGGGGAGGAAAGACGAGCUGGACGUGAUGGCUGCAACGCGAGGAGCACGAAAUCCAGCAGAGUAAAUUCAGGCCAUCGAACGGUCUCGGAGCCACCUUGAACUGCCUUCGGUUCACCCGAGGAGGCCAUUGGCGGAGAGGCGUCACGUGACCACGGGGUGCCAAUGUUAUUCUACAAGGGUGUCAAGACCCUGUCAGUUUCUGAAAUAAAUAUUGGGAAACGGCGAGAUGCAAAAGGCAACCUACUACGACAGCUCCGCAAUUUACAGUGGCUACCCAUAUCAAAGCGCAAAUGGCUUCAGUUAUGAUGCCAAUCAGGUCCAAUAUCCCCGCGCCUCUCAUGUGGAAAGUGAGUACCAUCGACCUGCCUGCUCCCUGCAGUCUCCUGACGGCUCCGUGGCUCUGCAGAAGCCGGGGGAGAUGGCGGAGAGCUGCGACAGGACCACAGCCGUUCAGGCGGCGCAGUCUAAGGUUCAUCCUGAAAGCAAUCAACCGCAGGUGCCGGUGUCAGGCCCACCCCCUCCCUCACAGUCCCCCGGUGCUAUCAGCCAUAACACGAGCAACGGGUCCAGCCAGACCAGUGCCAAGAACGGCUCCCCGACCUCCAACACCCGCAGCAAACAGAUCUUCCCCUGGAUGAAGGAGUCCCGUCAGAACACGAAGCAGAAACCUGCCAGUAGCUCCAGUUCAGUGGAGAGUUGCCCCGGAGACAAGAGUCCUCCGGGGUCAGCAGCAUCGAAGAGGGCCCGGACAGCUUACACCAGUGCGCAGCUAGUGGAGUUGGAGAAGGAGUUCCACUUUAACCGGUACCUCUGUAGACCCCGGAGGGUCGAGAUGGCAAACCUGCUCAACCUCACCGAGAGACAGAUCAAAAUUUGGUUCCAGAACCGCAGGAUGAAAUACAAGAAGGAUCAAAAAGGCGUCGGGAUGAUGCCUUCCCCUGGCGGACAGUCCCCACGGAGUCCUUUGGGCCCUGCCUCCGUUGGUGGGGGCGCUGGAGGGGGAGGAGGAGGAUACCUCAACUCUAUGCAUUCUCUUGUGAACAGUGUACCUUAUGACUCCCAGUCACCGACGUCUUACAACAAACCUCAUCAAAACGCGUACGGUAUGGCCACGUCAUAUCCCCCUCCUUUGAACAACUGCCCGCCUUCCCAGAAGAGGUAUCCCGGGACCGACUCGGCCACGCCCGAGUAUGACGCGCACCCUCUCCAAGGCAAUGGCAACUAUGGGACUCAUAUGCAGGGCAGCCCUGUUUAUGUCGGCGGAGGUUACAUGGACUCAAUGCCCAACUCUGGAACCUCCGUUUUCGGUUUGACCCACCUCUCGCACCCGCCGUCCGCAAACAUGGACUACAACGGAGCAAUCACAAUGGGCAACAGUCAGCAUCACGGAGUGUGUGAUCCCACACCGACUUACACAGACCUAACACCGCACUACUCUCAGGGAAGAAUCCAGGAAGCGCCCAAACUGACUCAUCUGUAGCGGUGGAUCACUCCGCCCCAUUGUCUUUUAUCCACCUCCAGACACAUCACUGCUUUGUUUCUGCGCCUCCUACACGGCUUCCACCUCCUCUCUGCUUUUGUUUAUUUUCUCUAUAGUUUGAUGUGUGAAGUAGCAUAGGAUAAAUAAUCACGACUUGCUUGAAUUUUUCUCUAUUUGCUCUUGUCAUUGUCUCACAAAGACCUUAUCUGGGCUGUAGAGCGGGAGGGAGGGGGGCACAGUAUAUGCAUAGGCGUAUUUAAUCUUUUUCUUUUGAAAUCUUGUUUUUAAAUUGAAUCUCAAACAGGGUAUUAUGAACAUAUGUUAUUCAUUUUAAUGUGAAUUUGUUCGUCUUUUAUUUAUCCGCAGUUGAAGAAUUGUGUUUUGCAUUUUGUUGCACUUGUGAAAGGAUCCUUUGAAGAGCCACGAGCUGGGAUUGUGAGGGAGACACAUUUUCAAAACAAGGGUCACAAGCUUACACGCAACCUCCCUUGCUUGUGUUGUUCUAUGGACUGUCUAAUGUUAUUUAUUUUGUUGGGUGUAAAGAUAAAGGAGUCCUUUAGUAUUAUUUGACACCUCUGCGAUCUUUGUGUAGGGUGAAGGUUGGUGGAAAAUUAGCGUCUCGGCCCUUUUCCAGCCUUUACAUGUCUGCAGCAGCAGCUCACUUGUUCAAAUGUCUUCUUUUUCUUCCUCGGGGAGGUGUUUUCUUUUCUCAGUGAAUGUAAAAUCAAUCAGUCAUGCAAUAAGGGUGCAAAGAAGGACACACGUUUCUUUAUUGAGGAAAAAAACACAUAAUUUUUUCCGAUGUCAUACAUUCCAUGCUGCUCCAGUCCGAAGAAAUAAAUAAAAAUAAUUGAAAUAUAA